AUGCCUUCAAGUUCAGAUAAAGUUGAUAAAAUCGAUGAUAUCCUUUUCAAAAAUUUUGACAUCGAAGUUCAGAAAUAUAUCAAAUCUGCGACUACAUCUGCUGUUAUUGAAGUUGAUAAGUACUUACAAGAACCUUUAUUACUCAGGAAAGAUGCUAAUGGAGUAAACACUGAUCCUUUAUUAUGGUGGUUCCAAAGGAAACAUAUCUAUCCUCGAUUAUAUCAAUUUGAGAAAACAAGAUUAAGUGUAAUGGCUACAUCAGUACCUUGUGAAAGAAUAUUUUCACAUGCUGGGCAAAUUAUAUAUGAAAAAAGGGAAAAUCUCAAAGCCAGCAAAGUAUCUAAAGUUGUAUUUUUUAAUUAUAAUUUUAAUGAUACAUCUUAG